CCUCGGUAAGUGUGGCGUUUCUCCCCCUACUAGGGGAAGCGCCCUCGGUUCAGAGAGGGUGUGUUUGUUUUCAUCAUUCCUUGUAUGCUGUGGACUUAGCAGCGUGAUCUGUGUUCAGGCCGGGAGCUGAAAGAUUGCAUUUCCAGAGGAAGUUCUCUUUACCGCCUCUUCUGUUUCUUUAUAACGUUUAAAGUAAUUUAGGUGGCAUAAACAUUGCAUCCCCUAUGCGGUCUCAGGUCGUGCGGCGAACAGCAGGGAGUGGUUGCGUCGAGAAAGGCAGUGCAGUGUCGUGUUGAAGGACGUGGGUGUGGCGAGCAGAACGCAUGCAUUUUCAUCCCUCUGUCCUCGCUGUGUGACCCUGGGCAAGUUACUUCCCACUCUGUGCAAAGCCAGUCUGCCCUCUGUGCGGGGUGUCCCGGGGCGGGCGCCAGAUUGAAUCUCUGCUGCGUGCGGAAGUCUGAGGAUGGGACGCAGGGUCCCGGUCCCCGAGCGCAGCACUCCGGGCUCAUGAGGAAUGUGCCGUUGCAGGAAUCCUUGACCUUCAGGGAUGUGUUUGUGGACUUCACCCUGGAGGAGUGGCAGCAACUGGACUCCGCUCAGAAGAGCCUCUACAGGGAUGUCACACUGGAGAACUACAGCCACCUGGUGUCCGUGGGAUACCUCGUUGCCAGACCGGAUGAGGUCUCGAGAUUGGGACGAGGAGAAGAGGCCAGGAGGGCAGACGGAGGGCCGUCAGCGCCGAAUUUUCCAGAAUUCUGGCAAGUUGAUGACCAGAUAGACAACCACAAGGAAAGCCAAAACCAACUUCUGUGGCAAACUGCAUUAGUAGACAAGGAAACACAGAAGGAUCAAAGUGGCCAAGAAUUCGCAACCUUCAGGAAAAUCGUUUAUCCAAACACAGACUUUGUUUCUAUAAGACAAAGACUCCCUAAAUAUUAUUCCUGGGGAAGGUGUUCAAAACAUAAUUUAAACUUUCUUUGUCAAAACAGAAGCUAUGUAAGAAAGAAAGAUGAUGAAUGUCAGGCACAUUGGAAAUUAUGCUUCCAUUCUAAUCUCAAUAAUGCUCAACCUGCAGAGAAAUUUUUUGAGCCUCAUCAACAUGGAAAAGCCCUCCACCAGAAGCAAGCACUUAAUAAAACUCAAAGAAUUCAAACUAGGGAGAAACUCUAUGAGUGUUCUGAAUGUGGGAAAGUGUUUAUCCAGAAAGCAAACCUUGUAGUACAUCAGAGAACUCACACAGGAGAGAAGCCUUAUGAAUGCUUUGAAUGUGCAAAAGCCUUCAGCCAGAAGUCAACCCUCAUUGCUCACCAGAGAACUCACACAGGGGAGAAGCCCUAUGAAUGCAGUGAAUGUGGAAAAACCUUUAUCCAGAAGUCAACUCUGAUUAAACACAAGCGAACUCACACAGCAGAGAAACCAUUUGUAUGUGGUGAAUGUGCAAAAGCCUUUAAGAGUUCAUAUCACCUUAUUAGACAUGAGAAGACACACAUUAGGCAAGCAUUUUAUGAAGGAAUCCACUUUGGUAAGUCCAGCCUUAUGCAUCAAAGGACUCGUAACAGUGAGAAACCUGAGUGUAAUAAACAUGGGAAACCCUUUGAUGAGAAAGCCAACCCCAAUAAACACCAGAGAUCUCACACAAAAGAGAAACUUUAUGAGUGCAGUAAAUGUGGGAAAAGCUUCAGGGGAAAGUCACACCUCUCUGUUCAUCAGAGAAUUCAUACAGGGGAGAAGCCUUAUGAAUGCAGCAUAUGUGGGAAGACUUUCAGUGGGAAAUCACACCUCUCUGUCCAUCAUAGAACUCACACAGGAGAGAAGCCGUAUGAAUGCAGAAGAUGUGGAAAAGCGUUUGGUGAAAAGUCAACCCUUAUUGUACAUCACAGAACUCACACAGGAGAGAAACCCUAUAAAUGCAAUGAGUGUGGGAAAGCCUUCAGCGAGAAGUCACCACUGAUAAAACAUCAGAGAAUUCAUACAGGGGAAAGGCCCUACGAAUGCAGUAACUGUGGAAAAGCAUUCAGUAGGAAGUCAACUCUCAUUAAACAUCAGAGAAUCCACACAGGGGAAAAACCCUACAAAUGCAGUGAAUGUGGGAAAGCCUUUAGUGUGAAAUCCACUCUCAUUGUACAUCACAGAACUCAUACGGGAGAAAAACCCUAUGAAUGCAGGGACUGUGGAAAAGCCUUCAGUGGGAAGUCAACUCUCAUUAAACAUCAGAGAAGUCAUACAGGAGAUAAAACCUAUUAAGAUACUUGAGAGUGAGAGAAUGUCACUAUUCGUUAUACCUCAUUAUGUAUCACUUCAUCCUGGGGAUUAACCUUAUAAAUGUUAAGAAUGUCAGAAACUCUUCAGGUAUUAUUUAAUGUUCCUUUAAUAUAAUAAAUGUUACAAAAGCAUAAUUCCAGAAGCAUGUAAUAAAUGUGAUCAGUUUUUUACCCAGAAUUCUUACCCAUGAGUGGAAAAUUGUACAUCAGAGAAUUUGAGGAAAUGUUUGUGGUAAUCUGUUAAGUGAAAAAACAGAUUAUAAAACAAUAUACCAUAUGGUUUACAUUGUAAAAAAAGAGGAAGGAUAGGCACUAUUGUAUCAGUGAUUCUGGGUGGUAGAAAAAUGGCAACUUUAUGAUGAGUAAAAUUGUAUGCACAUAUAUAUUUGGUUUAUAUUUAUAUCUAUUUUAGGUGUGUGUAUGUAGGUAGGUAGACACAUAGAACAAAAAGCUAGGAAGGAAAUAUACCAAAUUAUUAAGCAAAUUAUCAUUUGGGUGUUGGGAAAUUGAUUUUUAAAUGUUUUGAGCAUAGUCUCCAGAAACUACCAAUAAAUUGUUUAAGGUAA